AUGGGAGACGCACCUUUGCCAACUGAGCAUGUGCUCAUUGUUUUUAACAUGCACAUGCCCGCAGCGUUGCAAGAGGAAUUCCGCCGCAAGUUUACUGGGGCCGAGGUUACCAUUCACAAGUCAGAGCCAGGUAUCCCUGUGUCACCAGAGUUGUACCGGAGUGCCACCGUCCUGGUCACCUUCACAGAUCUGCCAGAUCCCAAGGAUGCCAUCAACUUGAAAUUCAUUCAUUCGUUCUCCGCUGGCCUGGAUCAUCUCAUGCAGCACCCGAUUCUACGGGAGACUGACAUCCCCAUUACCACCAGCUCGGGUAUCCACGGUCCCCCUAUCGCAGAAUGGACCGUAAUGAAUUGGCUAGUCUCUUCGCGGCAGUAUGUGAAGACAUAUGAAGCGCAGAAAGCCCACGUCUGGGCAGACAAGUCCCAGUUUAUGCACGGACUGCACGACCAGGUCGGCAAGAAGGUUGGCAUUCUCGGAUAUGGGUCUAUCGGCAGACAAAUCGCGAGGGUCUCCACGGCUCUGGGUAUGACUGUGUACGCGCACACUGCCUCCCCGAGAACAACAGCCGAAUCCCGUCGCGACGCUCACUACAUCGUGCCUGGAACAGGCGAUCCGGACGGCUCGAUCCCGGUUUCAUGGCACCACGGCACAGACCGAGAGUCCAUCCGAUCUUUCUUGGCCCUUGGACUGGACCAUCUUGUCAUUUCGCUCCCGCUGACUCCCGAAACGACUUAUCUCCUUGGUUCUGAAGAAUUUGCCAUUCUCUCGGAGAACUCGCACCAUCAUGCUACCAAGCCAUAUGUGACUAACAUCUCGCGGGGUAAGGUCAUUGAUCAAACGGCUUUGAUCGAGGCCCUGAAGUCUGGUGUGCUUGGCGGUGCGGCUCUUGAUGUUACGGAUCCGGAACCUCUGCCGGCGGAUAAUCCUCUUUGGGAUGCACCAAAUGUGCAGAUUAGCCCUCAUAUGAGUAGUCUGGGGGGCGAGUACUGGCCUCGUGCAAUUGAUAUUGCUGUCUUGAAUCUGGGAAGGGUGCAGAGAGGUGAGCCUUUGGUUAAUGCAUACAACCGGCGCAGGGGAUAUUAG